CUACAACAGCAUCCACCACUAACACGGCAUGGGAUUUGGUAGACGGUAGUACAGGGCUCUACUCUUGGCGGCUGACUACGCGUCUUCGUCUAUUGUGGCUGUCAGCAAUCACUCCGACUUGAGACCUCGUCAGCGUGGCUUCGAACCUGCUAAGUACAAUGGCCAGCCUCCUUCCUUCACUCGAUCGAUACGGCCGCCAAGUUUUCAGCUCGACUGCGGUGUGCGUGUACCUGAUGCUGUAUUCAGCUUUGUAGUUGCAGGACUACAUAUGGCCAUCGUGGAGGCCGUCGACUAUGGCAUUUCUAUCCAUCUACCAAUUCCUCUGGCCUUAUAGCCGUUAACUUCUCAAACAACUCUAUUAAUCGAAGACUGUACAGCAUGUCUCAUGCACAGUGCGAAGUACCAUGUUUUGUAUCUCCUCAUCCUGCCCUUCUUGCGCGUACCAGAUUGUUACAAUCACAAGGUCCAGCUGAUGCGGGCAUUUUAGAGAGAACCAAACCCGCUCUUCCUCGACAACCUGGACUCCUCGGCCUCAACGAUGGCACAAUCUUCCCCAAAUCACACUUCUCGCCAGCUGCAUCUGUCAAAAAGAUGGCUGCAGCAGCACUCGAACGAAAGCCGCUGCGGAAUGCGAUCAAUGUUAUCGUUGUUGUGGUCGAGUUUCAAGACGUGAAGUGCCCUUUCGAUGUUAUCGAGCGUACUGAGAAUCUUUGGUUCUCUACUGGGAAAGUUCCCACCGGCUCUGUUACGGAGUUCUACUCGGAGGCAUCGAACAAUGCCAUAUCAUUGACUGGCAAAGUCAUUGGACCGUUCACGUUGAAAGAGAAAAUGGCAUACUACGCCAACAAUGAGUCUGGAAGGGGAUGGCCGGGUCCGAAUUCCCAAACGAUGGCUGAUGAAGCACUCGAUGCUGCUGUGCAAGCCAAGACUAAUUUCAGGCCGUACGACAACGACGGUAACACCUACGUCGAUGCUUUUAUAGUUGUUCAUGCAGGACGAGCUGCAGAGGAGACAGGACUCGGGAGCGACAUCUGGAGUGUCAAAUGGGUCUUGCCCCGGGAGCGUGAAGUGCAUGCCCCAAUACCAGAAGAAGACAAACCUAGAAUCAACGUCUACGGUUUCCUGACGGUACCUGCAGAUGCUAAGUGCGGCGUGUGUGCACAUGAGAUCGGACACCUGGUCUUUGGCUGGCCAGACCUGUAUGACAUCGAUUCCUCCUCAGCAGGUAUUGGGAGCUGGUGUCUAAUGAGCUCUGGUAGUUGGGGUGGUGGGGGCGACCGGCCUGUGCACCCUUCUGCAUGGUGCAAAUCAAACCAAGACUGGGUUGAAACCAUAGUGGAGACCGAUAACCGUCGAGUCACGCUUCGAGACGUCAAGGAUGGGCACAAGGUACAUCGCCUCUGGACGAAUGGGGAUGCAAACAGCCAGGAAUAUUUCCUCAUCGAGAACCGGCAGACUACCGGGGGUGACAGCUUUCUUCCUGGAAAAGGCCUACUCAUCUGGCAUGUUGAUGACCGGGUCGGAUCCAACGCAGAUGAGAAUCACCCUCUACUAAAGCUCAUGCAAGCUGAUGGCCUUGAUCAGUUGAAACAGAACUUCGGCAGAGGCGACGAUGGCGAUGCCUACCCAGGGUUCACGGACAAUCGUAAGUUCAACUCGUUGUCUAACCCGAACAGCAAAUCUUAUGGAGGGGCCGAUACAUAUGUUUCCGUUACGAACAUACCCGUCUCGUCCCAAACCAUGACCUUUGACAUCACUGUGAAGAAGAGCGACCAACUCCCAACGGACAAGUUCAACCCCAGGAUGUGGUACCGCUUGAAGAACACAUAUCAGCCAUCAACCCAUUGUCUUGAUGUUGUCAAUGACAACGGUAGCAACAGCGAGGGCCUACUUCAGAUGGCGGCUAUUGGGAAGUUCUCUGGUCAAUACUGGCAACUGAAGGCAAACAAUGAUGGGAGCUACUGCCUCCGCACGAUGUUUCUCGGUCCAGAUCGCCAACUUGGCGUGAAAAAUGACAAGAAAACACCUAUCCUGCAAUCUGCAAAUCCUUCCGCCAAGGCACAAUACUGGACUGUUCUACUGUGGGAUAAUCCUCGGGAUGGAACAUGGCAUCUUCAGAACGCCUGGACCGAGCAGUUUCAGUACCUCGACACGAUGGAGGGCGGUCCAAAAGUCGAGAUGAAUCAGAAGAACAAUGGGCGUCCGACUCAGAGAUGGACGAUUGAGCCUAUCCGUGAGAUCACUGAGCCCGGCUUUUGAUCAGUGUGGUCAGCUGAACGUUGCUGUUUUCUCUUACCCGAUUGUUGAGCGCCUCAAGUACAUUCAAUUCACGCUUCUAUCGCUUUUA